GUGUAAACAUCUCUUCAUUAAAGUAUUGAAAUCUGAAAAUAUUUCUCACGAGUUUGUGUUUAUGAUCCUUGAAAUCUAUUGAGGUUAUUUUUUUAGUUUGAAAUCGUAAAAUAAAUAUUUUAAAAUGACGAUUAACUUCCGUGAAUUUGACAAAGAUUCUUCAGAUGACUCCGACAGUAGUAUUAGUGAUAUGAGUGAAGAAAUGGAGGAUGAACAAAUUGACGAGCAAUCUGAAAAUGAUAGUGACGAUAAUGCAGCUAACACUGAGGAAAAUCAGGAAGAUAAUUCUGAAGACGAGGAUGAAUUGGUCAGGGCUAUUAAAGCAGAAAAAAAUAAACCGAGAGAUCAUCCACCUACCAUUAAUACAGAAGACUUCAUAGUUGACAUUUGUUUCCACCCUUCUAAAAAUGUAAUUGCUUUAGCAAAUAUUCUAGGCGAUAUAUUACUCUAUGAAUAUAGUAAUGAUGAAACAAAACUUGUAAAUACCUUAGAGCUACAUUUAAAGGCAUGUAGAGAUGUGGAAUUUGAUUCUGAAGGUGAUACCAUGUAUUCUACAGCAAAAGAUAAAGUAAUCAUUGCGACUGAUGUUGAAACUGGAAAACUCAAACAAUGUUUUGAAAAUGCACAUGAUGAACCAGUAUACAAAUUACUUAGUUUGGAUAAUAAUAAAAUAGUAACAGGUGAUGAUUGUGGAACAGUUAAACUUUGGGACAUGAGAAAAGCUGAUCCUGUGUUUACUUUAAAAAUUGGAGAGGAUUACAUAUCUGAUAUGAUUACAAAUGAAGCACAAAAAUAUUUAGUUUGUGCUGGUGGAGAUGGAAUGCUUACAUCCAUUGAUCUAAAAGCAAGUAAAAUCUAUAUAUCAUCAGAACAAUAUGAUGCAGAACUGACAUGUUUAGGAUUAUUCAGAUCAGAAACUAAAUUGUUAGUGGGAUCUUCUACUGGAAAAUUUUAUUUAUUUAAUUGGAAGGAAUUUGGUUACCACAGUGAUGAAUAUAUUGGACAGAAACAUAGCAUACAGUGUAUGAUUCCCAUAACUCAGAAUAUUGUUGUCUCUUCUGGAGAAGAUGGCAUAAUAAGGGCAGCUCAUAUGUUUCCUCAACGCCAACUCGGAGUUGUUGGUCAGCAUACCUUACCUGUAGAAAGAUUGGAUAUAAGUCAUGAUGGUCAAUACAUCGCCUCUAGUUCUCAUAAUAAUGAUGUUAAAUUUUGGAACAUUUCAUAUUUUGAAUCUAUUGAUAGCCUUAUAAAUGUUAAUGAAAAACAAAAUAAAAGAAAAGAUAUGAGUAACAACUUACCAUCAAGCUCUGUUAAAAAUGCUUCUGACUUUUUCUCAGGAUUAUUGUAAAUAAAGAUAUUUUAAAUUA